AUGACGUGGCUGCCGAGAAGAGGAUCAAGAGAAGCACUGUACUUUGACAGCAGCAAGCUUGAGGAACUUCUGCAGUUCUUUGAAGACAUCGAGAUGUUAGCUGCUGACUUCCAGAAGGACGCUGAGUGGAUGUGCAAGCAAGUGACGUACUAUGCAGCAACAAGCUGUAGCAGUUUGUGGGCUACUGUGCCCGAGUUGAAGAAGAAAGGAGCGUGUGAUUGGAGCAUCGUGAAAGAGGAGAUCAGAAAGCUCUAUCCAGAGCUGAUCAAUGGUCAACACUACAUGAGAGCCAAUAUCAUGCAACUAGUUGAUGUGCAGAGUGAGAAGGAAAUGAUGGUGCAGACAGAGUUUGGCCACUACUGCUGUGAGUUCCAGGUGCAAGCAGAGUACUUGAAGGAGCAAGGGAAGAUGUCAGCAUGCAAGUUAGACUGUGAGUUCUGGAGAGGGAUCAGAGGGAUGCUGAGGACAAACCUGACGCAACGACUGGAGAUUCUCUAUGUGGACAAGGAUGUGAGCAAGCUGUUCAAAUUCGCUGAUGUAGUCAGGCUAGCAGACCACGAGAAGCCAGAGAAAGAAGCAGGAGACGAGUAUGCAAAGAUUGUGAGGAAGCUCAAUGAGUUACAAGCCCAGGUCAACGAAGCAAGCAAGUCCAGGAAGAUGCUGAUGAAUCAAGCAUGCAAAACUGACCAAUCUGCCGAUUCUGUGAAAUCUGACCUGAAGCACGAGAGGACCUGCAACUUUUGUGGAAAGCAAGGACAUUUCAUACGUGACUGUAGGACUGUGAACGAGCCUGUGUUCACAGUAGGCACAAUUGAUGAAGCAAAAGAUAGGUCGAAUGCAAGUGAGGGAGAAAAGCACAAAGCCAUUCUUGGAGCAGAUUUGGAUGCAGAGGUGACGAGGUUGGAGGAACACUUGAGGGAUGUGAAGAGACAAAGAGAGGAGGCAAGGACCAUGAAGGCUAACACAAAGCCAGUCAAAGUCAGACUGAAGCAAAGUGCCAAGUCGAGCAAGAUCAUCAAGCAGGUCUUAGACUGGAUGAUGGACAGUGUUGUCAUGUUGACACACUGUGAGUUGUUUGCAAUAGCUCCAGAGCUCGAGUGCCAGUAUGUAGCUAAGCUUAUGAGGACGACUCAGAUGCAAGACGAAAUGCUGAACAAGGCUGGAAGUGGACCUGUGAAGGCAGAGGAGGAAGAGAUGAGUGAGGAAGCAAGGACUGACAGCAGAGAAGAUCAGCACACAGGUACGAGCGUUGCAUGCAAGGACGACAAAGCACAGUCAAGCCCAGCAGCAGAGCUGAGAACGAGCAGAUUGUGCAGGAAAGCAGCAGAUUACGUCGGAUUGAGUCAGAUUCGAGCUGGAGAACGAGAACGAGAGCAGAGCAGAGGAGCAAGUGUGACAAACAAGGCUGGAAGUGUACCAGCAAGGAUGAGGGAGAAUAGUGUGAUAGAUGAGCAGCAGAGGCUGUUGCAAAGGGUAGUAGCAAGCUGGAUGAACAAGGUCGGAAGUGCAUCUGCAAGGAUCAAGUGCAACAACAAGGCUGGAAGUGUACCAGUCAGGCUAGCAACAGUAAAGCUGAACGACAAAUUGGAGACUGAGAGCUUACUGGACCAGGGAGCUGUUAUGAAUGUGAUGCAUGAAGACGUUUGGAAACGCUUGGGAGUACCAAAGGAGCAAGUGUGGACAAACCUCAGGCCAGCAAAUGCAGGAUCAAUUGCAAUCAAAGGUGUCAUUCCAAGACUCAAGGUGUCAGUAGGUGGAAUAUCAAUGGUGAUGCUGGUUCAUGUAGUGAAGGACACAAUGUUCGACAUGAUAAUUGGGAGGGCGUUCUUCGUGUUAACUGAGUGUGAGACGAAGGAUUUCAAGGACAGUAAUCAGAUUUUAACCUUGACAGACCCAGCAGAUCAGAACCAGAAGUGUCAGGUUGAGACCCGAGCAGCUGUUGGAUGA